AUGAGCUCUCUACUCAACCCCAUCCACAGCGCGAAGCAAAAAUGCCGCCCCAAGCACCAAGUCCUUGUCCUCAAAUGCUAUCCCAAAUACCAGAAGAAUGUCCAGGAGGUCAAGCCCAUGUCUUCCGAGCUCAGCUACCUGCUCUAUUAUGCAUCUACUCGUCGCAACAAGCUGCAGAAGGUCGGCGCAUUCCUCGAAAAGAAGAACGCCGGCGAUGUCUGGAAAGGAAGGCUCGGCAAUGUCCAGGUCACCCUCCAGAUCCUUGCGGCCGUCAUUGAGAAAGCGCCACGAGAUCUCUCUCUCUAUUCCAAAUCCGUUCUCACCAUCCUCGAUUCCGUUCUACGCUCGAAAGACGUGAACAUGGUCGAAGAUUCCAUUCCUACAUUUGAGGCCUAUUGCAAAUACGUGGACGUGGCCUCUCUCACGGCCGAUCAGCAGCGUGCCCAGCAAUAUAUCUCCCUCGUCCAGCACUACGCUGGGUUCGCCUUUAAAACAAAACCCUUAGACAAAAAGCAAGGCGAUUCCAUCCCACUCUCUCUUCGAUGGCGGAAAAUCGGCCUCCGUGCCAUCCGGGCUAUCGUGGCGUCUGACGCUUUGGCUGUGGAUUCCAAUCGACAACUGAACCUCGUCAUGCCGGUGAUCCUGGAGAACAUGUCAUUGGAAGAAGAGAAUAUCCUGUCCACAUUACAGCAGAGAGCAAAGACAAGUGAGAAGAUGGACGACGAAUCCGCCAGGAGGAGGCGCAUGAGUAUAGCGACCGUCACAACAGUCGAUACCAUUGACGGUGAUCCUGCUGCAGCGGUUGAGACCACGGCAGGAGCGGAUAAGGUCGCCGAAGAGGAGGUCAGAGCAUUGGCAUUGAGGUGCUUGAAACAAAUCUUCUCGGUUGGUAUUGGGAGUACAAGAGGUCAAACGAGGUUGGCAACAGCCUUGACGUUGAAGUUUAUUGCUUCGAAAAAUCCGCCCAAAGUUACCCCGGAAACAUCAAAAACCGGCAAUUGGGCGACAUCCCUGUUUGAAGCAAUCGCGCGAUGGACGCCCGUGCAAGAUCGUUUCAUUAUCGUUGUCACUGCCAUGGAAACACUGGUUAGGAGCCCCAUGGCGGAAGGGGUCCUAGAAAAACAGCUGGUCCUCACAACCAUGAUCGACUGGCUUCUUAGUUCCCCCGUCAAUCUCAUCGGAUUGAGCGUCAUGGAUGUCCUACUUGGGUUCCUCCAGCACAUGCUAGUUCUCCUCCAGCUUGGUGGACCUAACGCUCGCAUCACACAGCCACACCGAGAGGAUACUCUUGGUUUCUAUCGGGACGUCAAGGAGGCUUUCGACCCAAGUUCAGUCUUGGCAGAAAACAAGAUGUCCAGGACGCCGUCCAAAGAACUGACAGCAUCACCUGUCCGGCAAGAAUUGCUUGAGAGGCUACAGAAAUGCAUCGCCUCUCUUUCCAAUCACAUCUACUACACAGACCAGAUCAGCGACAUGCUGACAGCAAUCCUAGCACGCCUGAAACCGUCGUCUCUGUCUGAAGUCCCGACAUCGGCGGCCGCCAUCAAUGACCCAGCAGCCGCAACAAAAGCAAUCGCCGAGUCCGCGAACAUUCAUGAAGACGCCAACACUUCUACAUUCUUCUCGUUCGCGACUGCGCGAGUCACAGCUUGCCGAGUCAUCAAGGACAUCUUGGUUCGUGCCAACAGCAGACGAAGCGCCGCAGGGGCACCUAUCGAAGCUCGUGCACGAGUCGGGGUGCAAGUGUGGGAAGGCACGCAAUGGCUCCUCAAAGACGAAGACCAAGAAGUUAGAUUUGCGUACAUCGAUGCUCUGUUAACCUGGCUCAAGCUUGAAACCAACAAGAGUGACAUGCUCCUGCCGCGAGAUGGCAAUCGGAAGCAGCCACAAUCCAGAAAAUAUCACGGCGAGAACGGCGUAGCUAAGAGGGCUGUCUCCAACGCAUCCCGCAAAGAAAACAAACCUACCAGAUCGAAUUUUCUUGCGCUACUGCAUCUCGCUAUUUACGACAGCAUCCUUGACGACGCCGAGAAUGAGACAAAUCUCCUUCUCCUGUACCUUCUUCUAACCAAAUUGGUCGAACGACUCGGCGUCAAUGCGGUCCGAAGUGGCAUGCCCAUGGUCCUCAGACUCCAGGAAACGGCUCUUAAUGGAGAAGUUGUCUCCACCUUCGGAAGAGUCAAUGUCGGAAGUGUCGUGCAUGGCUAUCUGUGGAAUAUUACGGACAAUUUUGACUUUGAAACAAGUCUAGUCGGGCAUGAGAUCAACGCAGAGAUUUCUAGGAGGAAACGCUUUGGAAUCUGGUUCGACAAGGUCAAAUUUCCAGCUCUGCCCAUCGAGGACAUCAGACAGCUUCCGAAAGAGACCGAGAAGACCCCGGGUUAUAAUGAAGAAGCGGUCCAAACUAUCAAGCCGUUCUUGUCAGUUGCAAACAUGGUGGAGGAAAUUGCGAUUGCAUAUGACAACGCUCUGCUGACUCCGCCAACUUCUCCCCCAUCUUCACCUGGGAGAGUCUUUUCUGUGCCGACACUUGGAUUCGGCUACGGCUACGGAGCUGCACCCCAGCCGAAGGCCUCGAGAGAGGAUCAGCUUCCACAAAAGGUCAAAGACGAGAUGGCCGCGGGGUGGAGCAGAGAAGCAUGCAUUGCCGCAGUCGAGAAAGAAAGCGCAGGAUCGGUGACGGGAUCUCGAACAGGGGCGUCUUCUAUCCCGAACCAGCAUCUCGGCGUCAAUGGUGUUGGUCGGCCAUAUGGCUCUGUGAACGGGAAAGAUUCACCAGCCACGGCCAACGGCAACACAACUCCAACUUAUGGCCUUACCGGCGGAUUAGGAAGCCUUACUCAAGUCCGGAGGGCAAGCGUCACUGGUUCACCUGCAAGGGUUCCGACCACGUCCAGUCGAGAAUCGACAGUAAGAGUCACUGAUUUGAAAAGAGCGCUGUCCGGAUACGCCGUUGCUGAAAGGCGACAAAGUCCGCUGCGAAGACCACAGGCAAGUUCGAGGAGGAGUACAGGUAGCAGCGGAAGCAGCAGCAUGCUUAGUUGGGACGAUGCUGAUGAUCGUAACCCAUCGUUCCUCGAUGUGGCUGCCACCAGUAACUCAACCGAGCACGCCCUAGACAGGAGCCCGUCCCGGCCACAGACGUCGUCUUCGAACAGACCUAAGACGGCAGAUCAGAAAGAUGCCACAUAUCAUGAUCAAACUACGCUACCAAGUGUUACGGUCGACCCUCGUACGGAUGCGAAUGUUCCCCCGGUGCCAAAGAUCCCAUCAACACUCAACCUUCCGGGGACGUGGCCCCGUGACGCCUCGCCAGCGCGACCCGAAGAGAUAUCGCAGGACGCUCCUGUUUCUGGCCUGCCAGAAAGUCCUCAAUCACGGAAAAUUACGGGGGCAACGUAUUCACCGUCACCAGGGCGAGAAAAACAAAGCCUUCGAAAGACAUCCCGACCAGCUAGCCGCAAAGGGGCGGCGCCUCUAUCUUCAUCUCCAAAUGAAAAGUUCGAUCUAGGUUCACUGUUGGCGGCUAUUCCUAUUCCUAUUGCGGAGGCAGCAGGGGAUUUGCAGAAGGAAAACCGAACCGGGCGGCUCAUAAGGCCUCCUUAUUGA